AAUGGUAGACUACUACUAUACAAUGGAUGUCCCAAUGAGAUUAGAGUCUUGAGAGAGAGAGAGAGAGAGUAGAGACGAUUUCAACCUCCCUCCGUCGUCGCCGUCCUUGGACCGUACUUACCGCAACUUCUCAUCUCCUCGUGUUUCUUCGGGUGGGGUUGUUGUGAGAUUUCAUGCAAAUGGACUUUGAAGAAGAAGAAGAAGCUCACAAGUUCACUCCCGACAACUAUCUUGUCGUGGAGCAGGUCAGAAGAGGCAAGUCUACUUCCGAUUUCGUGGUUCUUCACAGAAUCGACGACAGAAAGUAUGCAAUGAAGAAGGUUUCCCUGGCUAAACACACUGAGAAGUUAAAGCAAAUCGCUUGCCAAGAGUUAAAAUCGCUCUCAAAAUUAAGCAAUCCUUAUAUCGUUGAAUAUGAAGAUUCUUUGAUUGAUGAGGACAAUAACGCCUGCAUUUUUACUGCUUACUGUGAGGGAGGAAACAUGGCUAAUGCUAUCAAGAAAGCCAGAGGAAAGUUAUUUCCAGAGGAGAGUAUCUUUAAAUGGCUGGCACAAUUGUUACUAGCUGUUAACUAUUUGCAUUCAAACCGUGUACUCCACAUGGACCUUACGUGCUCAAACAUCUUCCUUCCAAAACAUGAUCACGUCCAGCUUGGCAACUAUGGUUUGGCGAAACUCAUCAAUCCAGAAAAGCCUGCUUCCUUGGUUCCGGGAAUUGCUAACAGCAUGUGUCCUGAGGUUUUAGAAGAUGAACCGUAUGGAUAUAAAUCUGACAUAUGGUCGCUAGGUUGCUGUAUGUAUGAAAUUACAUCACACCAGCCUGCUUUUAAAGCUCAGGAUAAGGCUGGACUCAUCAACAAAAUAAACAGAUCUCUGAUGUCUCCUCUUCCCAUUGUCUACUCCUCUACCUUGAAGCAGAUGAUAAAGCUUAUGCUGAGGAAGAAGCCUGAACAUCGACCAACAGCCUGCGAGUUGCUAAGGAACCCUUGUCUACAACCAUACCUCCUUAAAUGUCAAAACCUGUCUCCUAUGUAUCUUCCUGUUUUCCCUAUCAACAGCCCUAAGGAUAAGGCAAGAAGAAGUUCACUGCCAGGCAAGUUUGUGAAGGAGAGAGAAGAGAUGGAGAAGAGCGAGGUGUCUCGCAGCUUGGAGAACCUAUAUCCGUUUUGGACUAAAACAGAGACUGGUUCUAGCAGCUCAUCGCAACCAGCAUCAUCCACGAAUGAAACAGAUGACAAGCCUGAGACAAAAAGAAUCGAUCCAAGCUGCGACACAUUGAAGGUUUCUGAGCCUAUUAGCAAUAAGACAAAACCUGAGAUGGCAAUCUGCACUACAGAGAAGCAGAAGGAAGAGAAUGAUGUGCCAAAAGAAUGGGAAAACAUGAUCUCCUCCGGGGAGGCUCAGUUACUUGAUGUUGAUGUCGAGAUUGUGAGUGCACAAGAAGGUUUAUGUUUCACUCAAGAAGCUGAGGCAAUUCCGGAACCAAAGGAUCAGAGAAAGCUGUCAAUCUCUAGCUCUGAAGUUGUAGCAGAAAGUGAGCGUUUGCCUGGAAGCGUUGGGGUGGAGGAAGCAAAGACGGUGAAGCUAACAGCGAGUGAGAUGUCUUCUGUGCUGAGUAAGCUCACAAAUCUAGGUCCACCACAGAGCAAAGAGAGAGCAGAUGCAUUGGAGUGUUUGUUGGAGAAAUGUGCAGGGCUUGUGAAGCAGGAGAAAUAUGAAGAACUUGCUGGUUUGCUUACACCGUUUGGGGAAGACGGUGUUUCGGCUAGGGACACUGCUAUUUGGUUUGCAAAGACACUCUUGUCUUCUGAUAAACUCAACUAAGGAACCUGAUUUGAGUUUUGAGUUUGAGAAAAAAAACCAUUUUCUUUAUUUGUCAAAUAUGUAGAAAUCUCUUUGUUUUUGCUCAUUGCUUCCCCAAUUGUAGUUUGUGAACACUCUGCUUUUCUAUGUAAUAUCUACUGCAACUAAGUUAUAUAUUUGAUUGUGAGCUAGUUUUCUCUUA